AUGACAUAUUUUAUUAUUAAAGGAAUCACUGAUGUCCCGGAGCAGCAGGUUCCUAUAUUUCUUCUGGUUCUACUGAUUUAUCUCAUCACUGUUGGUGGAAACUUGACAAUUCUGCUUCUUAUCUGCUUGGAUGGUCAUCUUCACACUCCCAUGUAUUUCUUCCUAGGCAACCUGUCAGUGGUUGACUUGUCUUCUACCAUCAUCACUUUGCAUAAGGUCCUUAUCAUCUUCAUAGCUGGAAAUAACACAGUUUCGUACCGUGCAUGCAUGAUUCAGAUGUAUAUGUUUGCAUCUUUAACCGGCCACGAGCUUUUAAUUUUGACUGUAAUGAGCUACGAUAGAUAUGUUGCAAUCUGUAAACCUUUGCGUUACUAUAUGAUAAUGAACCAUAGAGUUUGUGCAUUACUUGUUAUGAGCUGUUAUUUGAUGGGUUUUGUACAAGUUAUUUCCCCUAUUGUAAUCUUCUCAGGUUUCUCAUGUUUCAUAUCUAACGAGAUCAACCACUUCUUCUGUGACAUGAUACCUCUGAUGGAAAUUACCUGUAGUGACACCUCCGUUUUGGAGAUAGUGUUCCUUAUUGAUGGACUUUUUAUUGUAACUCUGAUCCCAUUCAUUCUUACCUUCAUCUCUUACAUAUUCAUUAUUUUUACCAUAACUAGAAUCCAUUCUGACACUGGGAAACAAAAAGCCUUCUACACAUGUUCAUCUCACCUGAUUAUAGUCAUCCUUCUCUAUGUGACACUUGUCUCUCAGUACUUAACCCCAACGUCAAAUCACACAUUGAACUCAAAGAAACUGUUCUCUCUUUUCAACACAGCUGCAGUUCCUUUGUUAAACCCACUGAUUUAUAGUUUGAAAAAUAAAGAUGUUAAGUCAGCUUUGAAGCGAAGACUAGGAAUGAUUCAGAUGUGGUCACAAUAA